AUGAUUCUCGUAGACCUGGGCGGGACCUACCACCAGGAUCUUCGUCAAGAUGUUUUUGUAAAAGAAGAGUACUACUUUUUAAACGUAUCUGGAAUUGGAACGUUUACAGUGUACGACACCUUUGACUGCACCUUUGAAUGUCUCAGCAAUCCAUCAUGUUUGUCUCUGAACCUGGCCGCCUCCAAAGAAGCCGAUGGAAAAUUUUGGUGCCAGCUUUUGUCUUCCCACAAAUUCAUCAACCCAAACGAGUACAAGGAAAACGAGAGUUCACAUCACUUUUCCUUGAAGGUGAGCUUAAAAACUUAAAUCAUAUUCAUUGAUAAGUUUUCAGUGCAGUGUCCAUUGAUUGAAAACCGACAUCAACUAUAAUUUUAACAGCUAUAUACUGGUACAUUUGAAUUAGAUCAUCUGAUAGGCGUACAGUUUUGCGAUUUUAUCUAGCCAAGAGACUGUGAAAUAGUUUUCAGGAGGGUGUGUGAAAUGUACAAUUAGUUAGAACUGUACUGGCUAAACGUAAACUUGAAUCGCUCAUCAGUACAAAACGUUUUCACCAGAUCAAUCAUCAGUUUAUACCUAUGUUAAAAUGCGCUAUAGAAGUAUUAAAUAUUAUUAUAAUUAUUACUAUCGUUUUUAUUAUUUUAAUUAUUAUUAUUAUUAUUAUUAUUAUUAUUAUUAUUAUCACUCAAAAAGGCAUUUAAACACCAUUCAAUGCUUUUUAAAAAGGUGCAAUAAGCGACGUUACACUUGUGAGUUAAUUAAUAUCUAUGGCCUUUUAGAGAAGUGUGACCGCAAGUUGUUCACCAAAAUUAAGAACAAUGUUAACCAUCCAUUAUAUGCCCUUUUGCCGAAAAUCAAAGAGUCAUUUAGUCCAAGGAGUUAAGAUCAAAAACAAGUCAAUUACCACGGAUUAAUACAGAACGUUUUAAGAAUUGCUAUUUUAAUAGAAUAAGGUUUCAAUACAACUUGGCAAUUUAACAAUAUAGAUAUCCAAUGUUUUAUUAGGUUUUAUAUAAUAAUUGUAAAUGAUCUGUGCGAUUUUCUUAAAACGUUCUGUAUUAUGUUAUGUAUUUUAACGGGCGAAAUAAAGACAUCGUAAAAAAAAAAGAGAAAGAAUUUUCACCCUUGCUGGCGGAAAAUCGGCCAGUGAAGGAGGAUUUGGAUUAACAAUGCCUUUUGUUUGGAAGAUUGUGAAGUGCCUGGAUAGCUGAAUAGAUACUGAAGUUACCAUCCGUCAAUGAAGCAAGCUUCUACGCUAUUCAACAACAACAACAACAACAUCAACAAGCUUUAUUUGCAUGACUAUAAUUAUGUAGUUACAGUAUUGCAAAAGCUUUAACAUAAAGAAAAAACAAACAAACAAACAAACAAAUCAUAACAAUGAUAAUGCAAUGCAAUGAUUACUAUAGUCAAUCAAGUGUCAUCAGCAUGAUUUGAUAAAAAAUUAUUACGUAAAUCAUUACAUAAUGAGACAAAUUUCAACAAAUGUGAAUUUACGGAAAAAUCCUGUGAAUUCAUCAAUUUAAUUAUUAAUUCUGUGUAAGAUAGCUGAUUAAAGUCGACAAAAUUUUGUUGGAUUUGAUUUUAGAAUUUCUCCCUUGGGAUUUAGUAUUUUGGACAAUGGAAGAGAAAAUGAAAUUCGUCUUCAAGAAUCUAUCGUUGGGGGAAGUUUGAUUAUAUCUUCCAGUUUCAAUCAUGAGUUUGUGGUUACUUAUACGAAUUUUCACUAAAUCUUUCCUAUUAGCAGAAUUUCUAAUUACUGCGCACUUCACAAACAUGCGAAUUCUGAAGUUCAAAAGCCAACUGACGAUUGAGUUUUUCGCUGCUGUCAAUUAUCUUAACGGACCUCUUAGGAAACAAAUGGGCGCGAUCCAUUCAACCAAACUUUCCGGAAAUUUCGGUCCAAAACUCAAUGGAUCGGUUCGGUCCAACCGGAAAAGUUUCGAAAAAACGGGUCCACCUUUUGAGGUGGUCCACUUUUCCCGGUCGGACCGGUUGGAAUUUUGGUUGAAUGGAUCGCGCCCAAAACUUUACUUUAACGGGUUCAAAAGGUCAAGGUUUGUGAUUUGUGAUUGGUGGAUUUCGAUCCGUUUUGUGUGUUUCUGUGUUUUAAGGUUCGUUGCUUGUGAUCGUAAUUAUGAUUGACGGCAGCGAAAAACGCAAUUGCAAAGGCGGCUUUUGAACUUUAGAGUUCGCAUGUUUGUGAAAAGCGCAGUAAGUCUAGAUAACUUGAAAUUUUAUAAUCAUGUUUAAAUAAGCUGUAGAAUUGUAGUUUCUUAGAAUGAUGGAUUGUAUGUUGCCAAUAUGCAAUAUAUUUUUGUUUUAUUAUAUCUAUAUAGUGUUUGAUCUUCAGCUUCACUUAAAUUAUUAGGAUCAAAAUCAGGGAGGUCAUAAUAUUCAGAUGUUUUCAUAAGAUUAUGGUAAAAGCUAUUUUUACCAUUACAGUGAAGUUCUAGCGAAGUACGAAAGGCUUGUUUAACAAUAGUAUCCUCGUUUUUACGCAGAAGAUACAAUAUAUAAUAAAGGAUGUUUUUAUAAAUAUUAAUAAUUAAUGGCAACCGUCCUAAUUCACUUCUACUUACAACAUUUAAAGCUUUAUUGCUUAUUUCUAGGUAACGCUUGCAAAAUUUCAAGUGGGUUUUUUCAAUUGGGGUAUUGUCCCAAGCUUUAAAAUCAUGUUUUACAUAUACACCCCAAAUUUCGCUAUUAUAUGAUAAUAUUGGGGAAAUCAUCGUUUCAAAUAUUUUGCAAGCAAGAGAAGGUUUUAAUUUGCUUAAGUUUGUGUGUUUUCUUAAACUAAAAAGAGCAUGAAGAGCCUUCUCUUUCAAGUGUUCGAGUGAGAUAUUAAAAUUACCGGUUGAGGAGAUACGGGUUCCUAAAUAUGUAUAUUCAUGGACAAUAUCAAUGGUUUCUUUACCUAUAUGGAAUUCUAGAUUGGAGUUUUUCUUCGCUCGUUUUUGAAAGACCAUAACUUUGGUCUUUUUGGAAUUUAUAUCUAACAUCCAAGAGUUACAAAAAGAGGAUAAUGUGUUGAGACAGUUCUGUAAUCCUAUUUUAGAUUGUGAUAUAAUAAUUAAAUCAUCAGCAUAUAAAAGCGAAUUUAAUUUGGUACCAUUUGGAAGGAUGAUAGGGUCUGAUAAAGUAUUUUGAAAUGCGGUGUAAAGAAACUGCAAAGUCUCUUGUUUUGUCUCUUCCAGGUUAGAUCCCGGCCGACAUCCUGCGUCCAAUAUGGACAGCAAAGUGCCUCCAAUGAUGGCAUUUAUAAGAUUUAUGACAACGGAGGAAAUACUUUCUUAGCCUACUGUGAUCUGAGAUCUGAGCCCGGUAUUGCAUGGACACUGGUCAUGUCUUGGAGUAGAGAGAAUCGCCUUAUGUCUGCUUUUCACAACUCCCCAUUUCAGAUUAAUGCCCCAGAACACGAGACCUACCCAAGCUGGGAUCGUUACCGCUUAAGUCUGGAGCGAAUGAGAUCCCUGCAGGCUCACUCCACCCACUGGCGAGCAACAUGCAGCUAUCCGACUCAUGGCAUCGAUUUCAGAGACUACCUCCGAGGAAACUUCAAAGACUUUAACAUCGUCGACUUCAUGGGGUGGGGCACGUGCAAGAGAGUGGAACACAUCAACAUCAGGGGCUACGUAGGCACGAAUUUGACGGCGCCUUUCUGGCAGGAUAUACACAAUACAUUCAUUCUGCAUACCGACAGUGAAGCCGCUCACUGUGAGUUUAACGCUGCUAGUACUGGCGCCGUGCCAAGUGAAGACAACUUUGGCUUCUAUUCAUCCUUCAACACCAACUUUCGCUGCACACAGGGCCCCCAGUCGAACACCCAGUGGUGGUUUGGAGCUCAUGUCUAA